AUGGCAAUUGAUUACUCAAAGUGGGACAAGUUGGAACUUUCGGACGACUCAGACGUCGAGGUGCAUCCUAACGUUGACAAAAACUCAUUCAUCCGCUGGAAGCAAAGAGACAUCCAUGAAAAGCGGACGCAGAGAGAACAGCAGAUCAAGGGAUUGCAAGUCCAGAAGGAGAUGUACACACAGUUGAACAAGAGGGUCGACAAGAUGUUGGCCGAGUUCACCGACACCCAGCUGGGGUCAGAGAAGGAAAGAAGCAAGUUUCUUGAUGAGCGUUUCGAUAAGACUGAGAGAUGCACUCUAGAAGCCCAAGCAGAGGAUUCACCAACGUAUAACGAGAUGGUGGAGGACUUAUUCACGCAAAUUGAAACGGAUUUGAAGAAGGAGAACGCAGAUGUAAGUGGAACCAACAUUCGGAAGAAGGUUGAGGAACACAGAGAAAAGAUUGAGGCUGUUUUGGCACAGAUUGACCCAAAGUUAAAGGAGUUUGAUCAAGAGAAGUACAGCCACAUCACUAGCGAUGACAUUCACGACGGCUGGAAUACCUCUUUUAUCAAUAAAUCGAAGUCCGAGGCCUCACCUGCAGCUUCAUCCUCUGAGCCUACCAAGUCAAGUACUCCUAGCUCCACCGCCAAUGCCAAGUCGGUAGAGACGAUCAAUUCUCCACACGCUGAAAAAGUGGUGGAGAAAAAGCCAUCUAAACCUAUUUCAGAGCUCGGCGACUUGGAAUUGUUGCAGGAAACAAUCGAUUUCAGUCAAUUGCCAACCACGAAGGCGUGUGGGGCGUAUCUUCUGGAACACCCGUUCAUUGCAUGCACACACCAGAAAGAUGCGUUGCUCAUGAAGGCAUUCGACUUCCAGUUGAAUGGUGAUGCAGAUUUGGCAAAGAGGACUAUUAACAAAAGUAUGCUUCUACAGUUCAGUGCCGAUCUUUUGGAAAACCCACCAAAUCCCCAGAUGCCUAGAGACGUAAGACUACAAUACGUGAAACAGCUCUUCAGCCAGCUCGAAAUGGACAACACACCGGGCAAAAUUGCCUACGAGCAAGAGUGUCACCGUAUGAUCGAGCAUGUUAAAAAUAGAUGUGAAAUCAUUAAGAAGGAACAAGAGGAGGAGCAAGCUCAUGGCGAGGGGGAGUAUGAUGAAGGCGUUGAACAGAUCCAGUUAAGGUCAGUAGAUCCGAACUCAGAAUUGAUUGUCAACGUUCCUGCUAAGGGUACUAAAGAGUACGAAAUAUAUGAGAAGCUGCCUGAGAAAAUGAAGCAGGCACUUGGUACUGGAAGUCUCGACGAAGUGAACAAGGUGUUUGCAACGAUCCCAAUUGACGAAGCAGAAGAGUUACUUGAGAGAUUCAACGAGUGUGGGGUAAUUGGGAUCCAGGCGUUGUUAGAUAACGAAAAACAAUUUGAAGAGUUAGCUGAGAACGAGAAAAAGUUUGAACAGAUGAGGAAGGCUGCAGAGCAGGUGAACAUCAACGACAAACUUAACGAGCUGAAGGAAGAACUCGGAGAUGAAGAUGUGGUUAAAACUCCUAUGUGA